UCAUACUUUGUCCCCUGCUUCUGCCUCUGUCCCAGGCAGGAUGCUGGGAUGCUUUCAGCCUGAUUUCAUAAGUCCAUUCUUAUCCUUCAGCCACUUGGGUGCCUGAAUGUCCAGGCAGGUGUCUAAUACCUCAUAUCCAGUCUCUCCAUCUCUCCUAUUGUCAGGCACAGCCUGACUCAUGUCCCCUUCCUUCCAUUUGGCCAUGUCAUUUCUAAAUCACCUUCCUUCCCUAUUCCCCACCCAUGCGUAUGGAUUUCUUUUCCCCAAUGGCCACGUCUUCCCCUUCUUCGAAAUCAUUUGCAGAAAGCUAACGUCAAUUUGGUUUAAUUAAAGCCCCUGUGCUUUUAUCAUGUCUUUAAAUCACUUCCUUCAAGCAAUCUUUGUAUGAAAUUAUCACUUUGUCAAAGCACGAUCCCAAAGCACAGCUCGGGGCACAGUGGGAAGCACACAAAGGGAAAGCCGGGAGGCUCGGUAAGUUUGGGUGAGCUGUUUGCUCAAAGCUGCCGAACCCACCCCUCAAAGACCUUUAUUUCCCCCUGCGGCAGCUGUCAUCUGAUCCCACGCCCUGGCUCUGAAUGGGGCUCUCUGAGGAUGCCAGAUGUUGGGAACAAAGGUCUAAAAAUAAUCUUCACAAAUAACCUUCCCAUCUAUCACUGUAGGAGAGCGCGUGCUUUGUGCAGACAUGCGAGCCGAGAACCUGAGCUAACUUGGACUAAAGAAGUUCAACAGCAGCUCCUGGCUUGUGGGCUCGGGUGUUUAUUUUUCCCUUCCCCUUUCCCUUCCCAGAAGCUGCGCAGGGAAAAGCGGCUCUCAGCAGCGGUCAGCCCUCACUCUCCCUCCCUCCCUGUAUCACUCCCUAUCCUCACGAAGGCUCUGAUCGCCUGGAUCUCCAAAGCCAGGCUGCUUACUUGAUCUCUCCUUGGGAAAAUGGAUUCCAGGCUGCUGUCAGAGAUGCGUUUCUGUAAAAAGAUCCUCACGGCAGCCUUAUGUGUCUUAGUUUUGCUGCCAGACUCGGGCUGUGCAAGGAAUCUCUGGAAGCGUGCUCUGCAUCUGAAAAUGACAGAGAAAUACGACGAUUAUGAGUACCCCCUUCAUUCUCACAGUUCCCACUACCAGAAGAACGAUCGGUGUCCCCCUCCACCCCAGACCUUGCCUGAGCGAGCCUGCGAGGUGCCAAGCUGCCGCUCGGACUCCGAGUGUGAGAGGCACAAGCGCUGCUGCUACAACGGGUGCAUCUAUGCCUGCCUGGAGUCUGUACAGCCACCGCCAGUCUUAGACUGGUUGGUUCAGCCCAAACCUCGCUGGCUGGGCGGAAAUGGGUGGCUUUUGGAUGGCCCAGAGGAAGUCUUACAAGCUGAGGCCUGCAGUACCACUGAGGAUGGAGAUGAGCCUCUGCAUUGCCCCACUGGCUAUGAAUGCCAUAUCAUCAACCCUGGUAAUGUGGCUGAAGGAAUCCCUAACAGGGGACAGUGCAUCAAGCUCCGAGGAAAUCCAGAUGGACGCAGCCUGAGGCAUAAGUAUUACAAAGAAUACUUUGGGAGCAGUUCCAACAAUGUGGUCAGCUAUGUGAAAAACCAGCAGAAGCAUUUAGGCUAAUCAAAGGUGUGCCAGGCUGGACCGCUCUGUUAAGCAGCUGUCAAGGAAUGCUUUACCCAACAGUUUUCUAGGUUUUGGAAGAACUCUGGUCCCAAAUCUCCAUGGCCACAACUCCAGCAUUACCCCAAUCCCUGCUCAUCCAUGAUAAAAGGCUUCAUUCUCCAAGGCGCACAAUGAAUCUAGAUUUUAAACCUACCAGAAGGGGGAGAAAUGUGAUCCUCUGAAAGAAACCACACUGUUUAUGAGCUGCCCUUCUACCAAUGAAAUGCAAAUACUUCCAAGUGGAUCCCUAUAAACCACAGUGCCAUUGACAGGCUGCUGGAACAAAACCUGCCCUUUACGUACGUGUUAUGUGACUGAUUCAGGUUUCAUGACCACAAACAUAACUCAGGAUUAUAAAACAAAGUGACGUCAGAAUUGCACCUAAAUACCAUAUCUCAAUUGCAUUAUAAUAGGCAAGACUGUAAGACUAAAGG